CCAUGGCUUUCCUGUGGAUCCUUUCCUGUCUCGCUGUCAUUGGAGCCACCUACGGCUGUGGCACUCCGGCUAUCAGACCUGUGAUCACUGGCUAUUCCAGGAUUGUGAAUGGUGAGGAGGCUGUGCCGGGAUCCUGGCCCUGGCAGGUGUCUCUGCAGGACAGCACUGGAUUCCACUUCUGCGGAGGCUCCCUGAUCGAUAGUCUCUGGGUGAUGACAGCUGCCCACUGCAAUGUCAAAACUUCUCACCGUGUUAUUCUUGGGGAGCAUAACCGUGCCUCUCCUGCUGAAAACAUUCAGGUCAUGAGUAUUGCUAAGGUGUUCAAAAACCCAAACUACAACCCCUUCACCAUCAAGAACGACAUCACUCUGCUGAAGCUCAGCUCCCCUGCGAUCAUGAGCACAACGGUGUCUCCUGUCUGCCUGCCCCAGAGCACUGACGUCUUCCCAGGAGGCAUGAUGUGUGUCACCACAGGGUGGGGCCUGACCAAGUCCACCGCAAGCGAUACCCCCAGCUUGCUGCAGCAGGCGGCUCUUCCUCUGCUCACCAAUACUGAAUGCAAGAAAUAUUGGGGCAACAAGAUCGCUGAUGUCAUGAUUUGCGCCGGGGCAAAUGGAGUUUCCUCCUGCAUGGGUGACUCCGGUGGCCCCCUGGUGUGCCAGAAGGACAACGUCUGGACUCAGGUUGGCAUCGUGUCCUGGGGCAGUAGCACCUGCUCUACCAACACCCCUGGCGUUUACUCCCGUGUGACUGCACUCAGAGCAUGGAUCAACCAGAUCAUGGCCGCCAACUAAGAGCAGCCCUAAGCUGUG